AAGGCUAUGAUACUAGAAAUGUACUAUCGACAACUUUAAUAGGUUAAGAUUAUGAUUAUAUGAGAAAGAUACGAGAUUCGAUAAAAAAAAAUUAAAUUAAGGUAUAAAGAAAUUAGAGUAUUUAUAAGGUAUAAAUGAUGAAACUCUUUAUCUACGUGAUUGAUUAUUUAGGAACAAAACCCUAGUGAUUAUCUAUUAAUUUUAUAAUUUUGUAAGAAAAAGUGGGGGAAAGAAAAGACAGAGAUGCUUGUGAAGCCUAAUGCCUGAUUUAUUCCAUAAUGUCGUCAUUUACGGCAAUGUCUUUCCACUUGGCACCAUUCAUUCAAUUCCACGCACUUUUAGUCAAUCUACAUGUCGCCAUUCCACUCUGCGCUUUCUCUCUUUUUCAUGUCAUCAAUGCAAGCUCACUCUCCGCUCUGUGCCUCCAUCUCACCAUGAACCGCCUCUCAAUCUUUUCUCUUCUUCUUCUUCUUCUUCUUCUACCUUUGUUGAUAUCCGCGCAAUGUACAUGCGAGUCUGACCCAGAAGAACAGAGCAGCAGAACAGGCGCUACCCGAUACAAAUUGGCUGCCAUUUUCUCGAUUCUUGCCGCGAGUUUAAUUGGGGUGGCGCUCCCAACCUUGGGCAAGAAAAUCCCGGCAUUGCGCCCGGAAAACGAUGUGUUCUUCGCCGUGAAGGCCUUUGCUGCCGGGGUGAUUCUGGCGACCGGGUUCAUUCACGUGUUGCCGGAUGCGUUCGAGUCUCUGACGAGCCCCUGCCUCGGCGAGAGCCCGUGGGGGAGUUUUCCGUUUAGUGGGUUCGUCGCUAUGCUUUCGGCGAUCGGGACGAUGAUGAUGGAUGCUUUUGCCACUGGGUUCUACCAGAGGUUGCAGCGGAGCAAGGCUCAGCCGGUGAAGGAAGACGAGGAAAUGCAAUGUGAGAAUCAGGACCAGGUGCAUGGUCAUCCACAUGGGUCCGGCUUCGUCUCCGGUGAACUGGGAUCUCCGGAGCUAGCCCGCCACCGUGUGAUAGCUCAGGUUUUGGAGUUGGGGAUUGUAGUUCAUUCGGUGAUUAUUGGGAUUUCCUUGGGAGCUUCUGAAAGUCCAAAGACAAUCAAGCCUCUUGUGGCUGCAUUGUCCUUCCAUCAGUUCUUUGAAGGCAUGGGCCUUGGUGGAUGCAUUUCCCAGGCAAAAUUCAAGUCUAAGGCAGUUGCAGUGAUGGUGGUUUUCUUCUCCCUGACCACUCCAGUUGGGAUAGCAGUUGGCAUGGGGAUAUCAAAUAUUUACGACGAAAACAGCCCGAAGGCUCUGGUGGUGGAAGGAGUUUUCAACUCAGCCUCAGCUGGGAUAUUGAUCUACAUGGCCCUUGUCGACCUUGUUGCAGCAGACUUCAUGAGCCCUAGAAUGCAAACCAAUUUCAAGCUCCAAAUUGCAGCCAAUAUCUUGCUUCUUCUUGGUACAGCCUGCAUGUCCCUCUUGGCCAAAUGGGCUUAAUUGCCAUGCAACCAUAGUUAUUAGCAAUCCCAAUUAGGCAAGGUUGGGCCUUUUUUUUUUCCCAUAAACAUUGAUGAUGAGAUAGUUGUUUUGAGCUCGAUAUCAACUUGAGCAACACACAAGACUAGUCUAUGAGACAAGAAGCUUCUUUUUGUGUAUUCUUCCCUUUUUUUAAACUGAAGUAUUUGAACUUUCUGCA